AUGGUCGUAACGAUCGGUCGUUUGGCUGUCCAAUUGGCGGUCUCUAUUGACUCGAUUCAGCGCUCGUCCGACGCGAUUCGUUUUGACAUGAAAGACGUAGCCUCCAACAAACACACCCGCAAUUCUCAGGUUUACCCUAAGAAACGCCCAUCUCCCCACGGCAUAUCAAAAGCGCACAGGUCACCCCUCCUCCCAGCCAAUGGACUCGCUCGACGGACGCCCAGAUCUACCAAGAUCGCUUUAAUGCAACAACGGCAGCGCGAAGCUCAAAUUCAAGCUCUUCGGAGGGAGGGUAUCUUCUUGGAAGAGGAGUACAAAGAUGAAAUUCGUUACUAUAUGCACGAUAUGGAGCGUUGCACCAUGUCGUCGGCCCAGUCAAUGGAUCUCCAACCUGAAAUCAAAUGGCACAUGCGACCUUGCCUCGUCGAUUUUCUAGUUGAAAUACACUUCACAUUUCGUCUUCGCCCCGAGACACUCUAUCUGACGUUGAACAUCGUCGAUCGAUAUGUUUCCCGCCGGGUUGUGUACAUCAAACACUAUCAACUUGUAGGCUGUGCAGCUCUCUGGAUCGCGGCCAAAUUCGAAGACGCGAAGGAGCGUGUCCCAACUGUUCAAGAUUUGGUUCAAAUCUGUCGCGAGACUUACGAAGAAUCUGCCUUUAUUCAAAUGGAAGGGCAUGUUCUGUCCACGAUUCAGUGGAGCCUCGGUCAUCCUACCGCAGAAGCGUGGUUAAGGCUUAUGUGCUGCGGUCCUUCCACUGAAGAUGCCAAGGUUCAGCAUGUCGCACGAUUCUUGAUGGAAAUUACGCUCUUCUAUCGAGAGUUUGUUGUGUUUACCCCUUCAACCAUCUCACUGGCUUCAUUGACUCUAGCACGGUAUCUGUGUGGCAAAUCGCGUCGCGUGUGGGAAGAAACAGAAGAUUGUCUCAAGGUCAUAUACUUCCUGGAUGAAAAGUUGGCUUUCCAUGUUAACGAUUUAUCCGAGACUCUGGUUAAGAAAUAUUCAUAUGCGUUCUAUUCAAAGGCAGCGACCUUUGUUGUUCAGUAUUACCUUGAAGGCAACCGUUUUACCCCGCCGUCUCCUGCCUCUCUACCUGUGACACCCAAACGAUCGUCAGUUUCAGCUAUCAGUACCCCGGCAAGCUCGACGACAACUGCCUCUGAUGUGUCGGACGACAUGCCGCUGACUCCAGUUACUCCGGCCUUCAGCAGCGACCCCUUCUCUGCAUCCUAUUCUUCAGACGAUAAAGAAAAUAUGGGGUCAACGUCGACCUUUGAGCCUGUUCUGAACAAAUUGCGCAUUGACAACCCCCCAGAACAGUUCCUCCCCCACGACUACGUCACCUUUGGUCGUCCUGCCCUUCACAAUCUCAACAACAUAUCAUCACCACGAACGGCACUCGUGUCAUAG